GUGAACUGAUCGCGGACUUUCGUCGCUUCUAAGAUACAGUUCGAAUGUUUGAGGUUAGCUCACGGAAGCAAUACGAUUAUUUUUGCAAUUUCGCGGGAUAAUUAUUUCGUCGCGAUACGUGGAAACGCAUAGUCAUUAAUUAUUUCACACAAAUGAUAUGCGUACGUGUAUGCCGUUACGCGGUGACGUGUACGAGCGAGGACCGAGGCUGAUCAAGCGCGCAUUUUGCGCUGUAAACUUCUCGCAGAAGAUCCUUCGUCGCGUUUAGUUUAGCCUUCACUGUCAUUACUUUACGUAUUAUGAAGAGACGCCAAAGAAGGCCAGUCCUGACGCUCAACAAGCAAGGCAGUCAUCACGGCGAGCACACGCAAGGCCGGUGUAAGCCGAUAAAUAAUGUACAACCCACACAGAGCGAGGCCAAUAAUCCGUUGGCCAAUAUGUUGUGCCAAUACAAUUCCGAUAGCGAUACGGAAGAUCCCAAGAAAGAUACACAGAAAUUGGAUGACCAAGUCAAUGAUUUCCUUAAGGAAAUUCAACUCAUUGCCCCCGAGCAACCUGUACCAAACAUUGCUAAUGAUUCAGAUUCAGCGACUAAGGCAGUUCUACGAUCUGCGCAUCAUACAAGCCAACAAACAUUGUGGCAUGAAAUUUAUGACGAUUCCACUGGUUACCCUUAUUAUUGGCAUAUCGAAACUAAUGAGGUAACAUGGGAAAUGCCAGAGGAAUUACGCUUGUUACAAAAACAAUCGGAAGCAGGGUCCGGAGCAAAACAUCCCAUUCAAGGACCACAUUGGGUCGAUUUUUCGUCUAUCGCAUAUCGACAAUCCCAAGCAAAUAUUCCAGAGGGUAUGAUACCGCAGGAAGUGGUAGCAAGAAAUCGCAACAGAUUUCUGCACAAUAAUGAACCUACCAAGAAAUAUAAUUUGGAAAGCAAACCAGAAAUGAAGAACGAGUCUCCGACGAAGGAUGACGAUUCGGACGAUGGACGGAUAGAGAUGAUAACGUCUUUCGGUAGCGACGGAAGUGAUUCGGAGGAUGAAAAUAAUUCCUCAGACGAGAAUAAAACAUCGACGUCUUUAUCCGAGCCUGGAAAAUCCAAUUCUGUGCCGUAUGUAAAAAGUGGCGAAAUCGGACCUGCCUUCUGUCCAACGGGAAUACAAUCUCCUACCAAAAACUUAUUUCCGUCAUACAAGUCUGACUCGACUGAUGUAUCAAAUUCUACAAAUCAUCCUGAACAACUUGACGAACACAAAAUAACCGAAUCCGACAAGAGCAAGAGUAGUGUAGUUCAAGGUGAAAAAGAGUUUCUCAUGGGGAACAAAAAUAAGAAAGAUAUUAAUUCACACAGCACAGUUCCGAAAUUGGAUCUCAAUGUGUCCUUAGUACCUGGUUACGGAGAUGAUUCAGAUGGAGAAGAGGAAGUUAGACCCAAGCAAGAGAUAAAGCCUUUAUUCCCAAUUGUGCAGAAUGAGGAAUACGUAAAUGUAACGAACUCGUUGAAAAAUACUCAUGACGCUCUUGCGAAAAAUUCUGAUAAUGUACAAGCCUCCGAUCAGUGUAGUGAUCACAGUAAUGAAGAUACUCAAGAAGCGAAGAAUGAUCAGGAAAAGACGGAGGAGAAAGAAUCGAAGGUAGACGAAGAUAAGUCCAAGGCAAAUAUAUUUUUGGAAGAUAUGCAAGUGUGCGGCAAGGCUUUUCAAAGAAAGAAGAGGAUAGCAUUUGAUGUUACUUCCACUAAAGCUAAACAAAGUAAUAAUACAUAUCACGAAAAUACAAUCCGAGAGGAUAACGGCAGUGAUCUUACGAGCAGUGAAACUAUUUCACGCAAUACCGAGGAUAGCGACGCAGUUGUACAUAAUCAAUUGUGUACCGAAAGCCAAAAGGAAUGCGAUGAAGCGCAUAAGGAAGCAGAACAGUGCGUUAGUAUUAAAACUGAAGAAAAGCUCAGUUUGAAGGACGAAUCGUGCGACUCCGAAGUAUCUGUAGAGCACAAGACAGUGUCGAAUGUUGUCGAAGAAAAGGUCAGCGAGGAGAUGAAUGACUUGUCUCAAAUCAUAACGGAGAAAUUGAAGUUUCUUUCCGAAGGAAGGGAGAGUGUUUCUGCUGUUCAAACAAUGCAAAUUCAACUACAAACAUUGUCUACUGCAUGGACGACAGGUAGCUUAGAGGACAGUUACUUUCAAAAAUGGCUAACUAAUACAAAUCAUGAAUUGGAAAGAUUAGAGCAAGAUGCGGCACCAGCUGGCUGGCUAUGUCAAUGGGAUAGGUCGCAUAAGCGGUAUUACUAUCACAAUACAUCCACUGGGACAUUACAGUGGACUUAUCCCGACACCGGUAUUGCCGGUGGCACUGAGGAGAUGGAAUUGUGUACUACUCCGCCACCAGAAUCGGAAGAAUUAUCAGUCACAGAAUCACCUGGGACAAAAAAAAUGAAGGAGAAGCAAGCUGAGGAGAUGGAUGAUAAUAAGGCGGAUGACGAAAAUGUAGCGGAUAGACGUUCUGCGACCUUGGAAGCACCACCUCCGCCACAGAUAUCAAAUCCAAGUCCACCACCGCCCCCGAGAAUAUUCGCGGAAGAUCUGAAGAAGGACAAGAAGAAAAGGGAAAAGCCCGAUGAUAAAUUCUUAGACGCAAAGAGGAGGCGUUUAGGGAAAGAGAGAAUAAUGGCUCUGGACACGCAGAUGGUGAAUCCUGCUUUAGAAUCUUUGUCCUACGCACAUCCACAGGUGGCUGCGUCAUCUCAAUCUUCGAUACCUCCAAAUCAUGUAAAUAUGGAGCCUCUACCGCCUGGUGUGGACUUGCCAGAUACGUCUUACGAAGCUGCCACCCUGAAAGGAAUAAUAUAUAACGCGGCGUCGCAGCCAAGUAAUGCUAUUUACGCGCCUUCGAUUGCUGAUCCAACAAUACCUAUCCUAAGCCAUCAGGCGGGUCUACUCCAGGAGCCGUUUGUUCAUUAUCCAACUUUCCAUCAACAUUUGCAUAACCAGACAAUCGCAGUUGCGAAUAAGCAUCCUGGACAGAGUGCAAUUCAGUUCAUGGUGGGAUAUGCGCCAAUUUAUACGAACAACAAAAUCAUCGCCAAGCCGCCGGUCAAGGCCUCGAAGGAAUCUUUGGGAUCUGCCCUCGAUUCCUUUUACAAUGAUAUUGCGCGUAUCGAGCAGACGGAAACGGAACGGACAGGACAGCAUCAGGAUGUCGCUGCCACGGUGACGGAGCAAGUAUCUAUUCCGACCGAAGAAGCGAAGCCGGAAAUGGAACCGGAAACUGUGUCCAGCGAUACGAUGAUGAAGGAGCGGAAGAAAAAGAAGGCGAGGAUCAGCAAUAGCAAAAAACACAAGGAGAUGUCAAGCAUGGUGGCGAAGUGGCAAAGGGUACAAAAGAAUCUAGAAGACACUGUAUAAAUAAUAGCGAAUACGAUUUAAAUAAAAUUAAUUAACUGCAGUACGAGAAAUGAUGUUAAAUAGACUGUGUUAUAUAUUAGUAUCUUCGGAUUUCAUUGUACAUAUGCGUUGUUAAAUAUCUCUUCUAUUGUGAACUACUUUAAGUUUUUAUCCACAAUCUGAUAUAAGUACAUAUUUGUGUGUUGCACGAGUCCUGCAAUAUUAUUCGUAUUAUUGAACGUAGUACUUAUCUCUCGUGCGACUAUCAUGUGUUUUGCAAUUUAUUGUGAAUUUUGUGAUAACUUUUAUGCUGCAGUAGAAGCGAGUGAUGUAUUAAUAUUAUUAUUAUUAUUACAGUUUUGCACAUUUAUAUAGAAUCAAAAAUUUGAGUGCAUCUUUAUAACUUGAUGCGUUUUUUUCGCGCCGAGAGAUACUACUUCAUUGAAUCAAUGCAAAUUAUUUUUGCACAUGUACUAAACGCGAUACUCGGUUCUUUAUAGAGGCUGUAAAGAAUACAAACUAUUGAAAACAAGUGAAAACAGCAAAAAUAAAGAACAUAACAUUUGAUAUUA